AUGUCUCCAUUGUAUAGUUUCUUGGUAGUGUUUGGCUUUAUUUGUGCCUUAACAUCCCUAAGUUCCGCCGAUGAUGUCAAAACAAUAGUUUUGAACAAUAAGGAGUACUAUGUGGGAGUGUCGAAUAAGGUCAAUUGGUAUCGUGCAGUUCAAACAUGUGCUGCGUAUGACAUGUCUCUGGCAUCUAUCGAAUCAAAUGAGGAAUAUGAAAGUCUAAGGCAAUAUUUGUUUAACAAUAAACAAUGGGGUACUCAAUUCUGGUUAUCGGGUACCAAUCUGCCAGAUCGUUCUAAUUAUGUUUGGCUAACGUCGGGCAAAAGGAUCUCUUACGAAAAGUGGGCACAAAGUCCAAGCACUCUAGCCAAUCAAUGCGUUCGUACUAAUGGCAAUUUCUUGUGGGUUACUGGCGCCUGCACAGAUUCUCUAUAUUUCAUUUGCUCUAGGCCCGUAGAGCCAGCAUGUGGUGUAUUUGGUAGAUGUCUUUAUACUCACAAUCCAAAUGCCAAAACCAACUAA